AUGCAAAACCAGAGACUCUCUUCAUUCCUCUAUCUCGUACUUGCUGCCACGGUGGGAGCAGUCGUGAUGAUGAUGAACAUGUCUUUCGUGAAUGGAGAUUUACCUGUACAUUGUCUCUAUAAUACCACUCUUGGUGUUUGGGAAUUUUCUCUCACUGCUCAAAAUAUGAAUGCCAACGAUGUCAUUGCUCAGUGCGAUCUCCGAUCCAAGAUUAACCCUGUUUCAACCAUGAUGAUUUCUUUACAAAUGCCAGAUAUUGCUGUUGAUCAAAAGGGAAACAAGGGCUUCUGGACCCUUGUAUACGAUCAAGGAUUUGAAGUGGUCAUUGGAGAAAAUAAGUAUUGGGCCUUUUUUAAUUUCACCACAGCUGGAAAGGAUCCACAAGGAAAUGAUGUCAUUGUGAGUCAUUGCGAUAGAACCUUUGUUGGUUGGUAUCACGAAAAUAAGGUCCGAGCUCAGAAAUGGGGAUGCUACAUUGCAAAGAAGGCCUCAAAAUUGCAAUUGGGAACCCAGGAACCACAAGUCUUUACUCACUCUGCAUUGCCACCACUCAAAGUUGAUGGAAUGGUUUUCAAGAAUGACAUGACCAUGAUUGAAGAAUUAAAUCAAAUGCAUGCUCGUGGUGAAAUCUCUUGGAAAGCCAAACCAAUGACCGAAUGGGAAAAUCAGCCAAUGGAAAGUAUUAUUAGAAAGCUUGGAAAACGAACUGAAGCUUUCCGUUUAAAGCAUAGAAGAGAACAUUCUCAAUUCAUCAGACAACGAUUUGGUGAAGAUAUUACAAAGAGAGCCUUGAUGCAAUUGAAAAAGAUGGAUAUCUCAAAAGUUGCUAAUAAUGCGACAUUUAGUUAUUUGCAAGAUGUGGCUCGAUAUGGAGUGAAGGGAUUCCCUACAUCUUUUGACUGGAGAAAUGUUGGUGGUCAAAACUUUGUCUCACCUGUUAGAAAUCAAGGUCAAUGUGGAAGUUGCUAUUCUUUUGCAACCACAGCCAUGAUGGAGGCUAGAAAGAGAAUUUUCUCCAACAAUAUUGACCAACCAGUUUACAGCCCUGAAAAUAUCAUUAGUUGUUCCAUUUAUUCACAAGGAUGUGAUGGUGGAUUUGCCUAUCUUGUUUCCAAGUAUGGAGAGGAUUUUGGUAUCGUUGCUGAAAGCUGUGAUCCAUAUGUAGGCUUUGUGACUCAAUGUAAACCAAACAAUAACUGCCCAGUUAGACAAUUCUGGACUGACUACAAGUAUACUGGUGGUUUUUACGGAGCUGUUGAUGAGAACAAUAUGAUGUUGGAUAUUUUGGUGAAUGGACCUUUGGCCGUUUCCAUGGAAGUUUAUAAUGAUCUGUUCAGUUAUCAUAGUGGAAUUUAUCGUCAUGUUUCAUCCUCUAAAUUUUCUGCUCCAGUUCCAAAUCCAUUUGAAUUGACCAACCAUGUCGUUCUCAUUGUAGGAUGGGGAGAAGAAAAUUCACAAAAGUAUUGGAUUGUCAAGAAUUCAUGGGGAACUGGAUUUGGUAUGCAAGGCUACUUUUGGAUUGCCAAGGGAGUCGAUGAAUGUGCCAUCGAGUCAGAAAACGGCUCUGCCAUUCCAGUCAAUGUUUAA